AUGUCUCUUUACGUUCAAGAUGGUCCUUCCAAUGAAGCAUUAAAACGUAAUUCAGCCGCACUAGACAUCACUUCGAUGCUCAAUCCUGAACUAGCAAUAAACAUUGAUCACCUCAACAAAAAGCCAUGCCUAGAUCCUGGACUUACUCGCCCAAAAUCAGAUACAGCUGGGAAUUCCAAACGCCUUCCUCUUCGAAAGCGUCUCUCAAAAGAAUCUCAGAAUUGCCCAGUAUUGAAAUGGCAGCCGGUAGAAACACCUAAUCGAACACCAACAACAACAACAGCGGCAGGAGCAGGAGGAGGGGGGAUAGGAGUAGGGCUAGGAGGAACAAUGACUAUGAAUACACCUACAACAGUAGAUCAAAGACUUUCCCGACCAUCUUCCCGACCAUCAGAAACCUGGGAAACAAUCGAAGAAAGUCCUGAACCAGUGAUCGACAGACAUACACCAGACACGACAACAACAACGACAACAAAAACAGUAGUAACAUCGACUACAUCAGCGGCGGCGACGAUGAAGAAGCCAUUAAAAAAAGUUCAACAUUGGAUUACAAAAGGAAAGACUUCUAGCCCAGAGAUUCCACAGGACACGACUGCCCUAGUUUGGAAAUAUGAAAACGGAGUCGACCGAGAGACACGCACAGCACCAGCUGAGCCUCUACUAAAAGAAGAGCCAAAAGUAGAACAAACCAAUAAACCCGUUUCCAAAAGUUUACCCGACCAAACCUUGAGCCGGAGUGGGCCGGCUGCAGAUGACACACUCUACUGCUUCUGCCGAACACCAUACGAUGCCCCUCGCUUUAUGAUUGCCUGUGAUCUAUGUGAUCAAUGGUUCCAUGGCGAGUGUAUUGGGAUUAGUGAAAAGCAAAGUGAAUUCAUUGGCCACUAUUUCUGUCACAGCUGUGCAAAACGUGAAGGCAAAAAGACAUCUUGGAAAGCUCAUUGUGCAAAUCCGGUCUGCCAAAGGGCAGCUAGGAUGGGUACAAAAGGUCAAAUGUCAAAGUACUGCAGCGAUGCAUGCGGAAUGCAAGUAGCACGGACUCGCAUUGCCUGCGCAGAAUCAAAGCGCAGGUCAUCUGUUACAUCCUCUUCAUCUUCCUCCUCUUCAUCCCUGGCAGACCGUCACAGCUAUCUCACAAAGAGUCGCCUCAGCUCCUUUGCUGACCGGGACGAUGGACAUCGUUUACUGAGAGUCAGGGACGAAAAGAAACGUGCGCGGAGAAUGAUUGGGAUUGUCGAACGCAAGACUGCCUUCCUUGCCACACUUUCUACACAGCCUACUGCCGAUGAAGAUGUGUGUGGCUAUGAUUGUCGCCUUUCUUGGCCAGAGAGCAAGUGGGAAGCAGAAGAACUUCCAUCUUUAGACCCCGAAAUGGCAUGUCGCCAGAGCAGGCGGUGUGUUAAACACAACGGCUGGCAGAAGCUUAAAACGCUUGAGCUUGAACAAGAACGAACUGAACAGUUUACUGUUCUGGCCAUGCUGGAGCGUGAAAGGCAGCAAAUCAAGGCGCGGAUGAAGAGACGAAGAGAAGACGUUGACUUAGAGGAGAUGUUGGCAAACGGGACCAUCUGCCAUCAACGGCAAACAACUGUAAAAUAA